GCGGCCCGGAAGUGAACGCUUGCCGGCAAGAUGGCGGCCGCAGCGGCCCGGCUGCGCGGCCUCCGCCGCCUGUGCCGUGUUUUGCUGUUCCUCUCCCAGUUCUACAUCUUGUCGGGUGGUGGAUCCUUAGAUUUAGAAUAUUCGCAGCCGCUGGCUCAGUCAAUAAAGAAUCCGGGCCCAACACGUACUUUCACAGUAGUGCGCAGGGCAGCAGAAAGUACUGAUAUCCCACCUUAUGUGAUGAAGUGUCCAAGCAAUGGUUUGUGUAGCAGACUUCCUGCAGAUUGUAUAGAAUGCAAGACAAAUUUCUCCUGUGUCUACGGGAAGCCUGUCACUUUUGAUUGCACAGUCAAACCUUCUGUUACCUGUGUUGAUCAAGACUUCAGAUCCCAAAAGAACUUUAUCAUCAAUAUGACUUGCAGAUUUUGCUGGCAGCUUCCAGAAACCGAAUAUGAGUGUUCCAACUCCACCAAUUGUAUGACAGUGUCCUGUCCGCGGCAGCGUUACACUGCCAACUGCACAGUGCGGGACCACGUUCAUUGCUUGGGUAACCGUACUUUUCCGAAAAUGCUGUACUGCAAUUGGACUGGAGGUUAUAAGUGGUCUACAGCUCUGGCUCUGAGCAUUACCCUCGGAGGGUUUGGAGCAGACCGUUUCUACCUGGGCCAGUGGCGAGAAGGCCUCGGCAAGCUCUUCAGCUUCGGUGGCCUGGGAAUAUGGACUCUGAUAGACGUCUUGCUAAUUGGAGUUGGCUACGUUGGACCAGCAGAUGGCUCUUUGUACAUUUAGCUGUGGGUAUGUGCUUCAGAGAGGAGCGGUACUUAGAAGGAACUUCCUUUGCCUGUAGGAAUUGAUGUGCUGUGAGUGAUGAAUUUUCUGUUUUUAAUGUACAGCAUCUGUACUUUGCCUGCCUUGAUAAAGGUAAAAUUUAAAAAUACACUGAACCAUGCUUAUCUGGAAUUUGUUUUUAUUUGUGUGAAAUAUUUUUUUCUGUGAAAAAAUUUAAAUUUAGUCUAAACUAGAAGAACAGAUUCUACAGUGAUUGGAAAUCUACUUGAUUCCUCUGCUUCAGUUCUGUAUUGUGUAAGUCAAAGUGUAUCCAGCCCUGGAAAGUGUUUCAGCUGUGAUGACAGAAAGUGGGAAGUGUUUUACUCAGUCAUCUGUAAGUUUUGUGGUAUACUGUCUUAUGUCGUCUGGUCUUUUACUUGUGACUGAAAGUAAACUGCAGAAUAUUUAUGUCCAGUUGCUGUGGUUUGAAUUUUGUUAGUAAUAUAAAAGGUUUUGCAAGCAUCCUGAAAAAUUAAUAAAAUUGCAAGUUACUUUAAGAAAUAUGUA